GAUGGAGGAGCACCAGCCUCUUAUAUCACAAGAAAAUCCCAGUAAGAAUUCUGAAGAAAAUAUCAUUUUAUCACAAAAUUAUAAAGCAGAAGAUGAAGAUAUCAUGCAGCGCUCUUCAGGAGAAAACGUCAAUGUACAUUUAGGACUUCACAGUUCAGAUCUGUUAUAUAAUCCCCCUAAUCAUGAGGAACCUUCUCCUGACCGAUCACUGAUUGUUACCACAAGUACAGGUCAGAAAGGGGGUAAAAGGUUCCAGUGUGGUAAAGAGUUUUCAGAAAGCUCAGGCAUUUCUACAUACAGAAGAAUUCACAGAAGCGAGAAACCAUAUUCAUGUUUAGAAUGUGGGAAGUGCUUUACGGAGAAAUCAAAUCUUCUCAGACAUGAGAGAAGUCACACAGGAAAAAAACCGUAUUCAUGUUCAAAAUGUGAGAAAUGUUUUUAUCAAAAAUCUGAUCUUGUCAAACAUGAAAGAAUUCACACAGGAGAGAAGCCAUACUCAUGUACAGAAUGUGGGAAAUGUUUUAAUCAGAAAUCAGAUCUUGUUAAACAUAAGAGAAUUCACACAGGAGAGAAGCCAUAUUCAUGUUCAAAAUGUGGGAAGCGCUUUACAGAGACGUCAAAUCUUCUUAGACAUGAGAGAAGUCACAUAGGAGAAAAACCGUAUUCAUGUUCAGAAUGUGGAAAAUACUUUAUGGAUAAACCAAGUCUUCUUAUUCAUGAGAAAAGUCACAUAGGAGAGAAACCACAUUCAUCUACACAAUAUGGGAAAAGUUUUACACAAACAUCAGACCUUGUUGCCCAAGAGAGAAUUCACACAGUAGAGAAGCCAUAUUCAUGUUCAGAAUGUGAUAAGUGUUUUACAGAGAAAUCAAAUCUUCUCAGACAUAAAAAAAGUCACACGGGAGAAAAACCAUAUUCAUGUUCAGAAUGUGGGAAAUGUUUUGCACAAAAAUCAGAUCUUGUUAAACAUGAGAGAGUUCACACAGGUGAGAAGCCGUAUUCAUGUUCAGAAUGUGGGAAGUGCUUUACAGAGAAAUCAAAUCUUGUUAAACAUGAGAGAAUUCACACAGGUGAGAAACCAUAUUCAUGUUCAGAAUGUGGGAGAUGCUUUAAAGAUAAAGCAAGUCUUGUUAUUCAUGAGAGAAGUCACAUAGGAGAAAAACCAUAUUUAUUUUCAGAAUGUGGGAACAAAAAAUCACAAACAUCAGGCCUUGUUGCCCAUGAGAGAAUCCACACAGGAGAGAAGCCUUAUUCGUGUUCAGAAUGUGAUAAGUGCUUUACAGGGAAAUCAAAUCUUCUUAGACAUACGAGAUGUCACACAGGAGAAAAAACAUAUUCAUGUUCAGAGUGUGGGAAAUGUUUUGCACAAAAGUCAGAUCUUGUUAAACAUAAGAGAAUUCACACAGGAGAGAAGCCAUAUUCAUGUUCAAAAUGUGGGAAGCGCUUUACAGAGACGUCAAAUCUUCUUAGACAUGAGAGAAGUCACAUAGGAGAAAAACCGUAUUCAUGUUCAGAAUGUGGAAAAUACUUUAUGGAUAAACCAAGUCUUCUUAUUCAUGAGAAAAGUCACACAGGAGAGAAACCACAUUCAUCUACACAAUAUGGGAAAAGUUUUACACAAACAUCAGACCUUGUUGCCCAAGAGAGAAUUCACACAGUAGAGAAGCCAUAUUCAUGUUCAGAAUGUGAUAAGUGUUUUACAGAGAAAUCAAAUCUUCUUAGACAUAAAAAAUGUCACACGGGAGAAAAACCAUAUUCAUGUUCAAUAUGUGGGAAAUGUUUUACACAGAAAUCACAUCUUGUUAAACAUGACAGAAGUCACACAGGGGAGAAGCCAUAUUCAUGUUCAGAAUGUGGGAAAUGUUUUAAUCAAAAAUCAGAUCUUGUUAAACAUGAGAGAAUUCACACAGGAGAGAAGCCGUAUUCCUGUUCAGAAUGUGGGAAGUGCUUUACAGAGAAAUCAAAUCUUCAUAGACAUGAGAGAAAUCACACAGGUGAGAAACCAUAUUCAUGUUCAGAAUGUGGGAAAUGCUUUAUAGAUAAACCAAGUCUUGUUAUUCAUGAGAGAAUUCACACAGGAGAGAAGCCAUAUUCAUGUUCAGAAUGUGGAAAGUGCUUUACAGAGAAAUCAAAUCUUCGUAGGCAUGAGAGAAGUCACACAGGAAAAAAACCAUAUUCAUGUUCAGAAUGUGAAAAAUCUUUUACACAGAAAUCUAGUCUUGUUAGUCAUGAGAGAAUUCACACAAUGGAAAUGCCAUACUCUUGUUCAGAAUGUAGGAAGUGCUUUACAAAUAAAUCUCAUCUUGUUACACACCAGAAACAUCACACAGCAGAGAAAACAUACUCAUGUUCAGAAUGUGGGAAAUGUUUUAAACAAAAAUCAUAUCUUAUUACACAUGAGCGAAAUCAUACAGCUGAGAGGCCAUUUUCAUGUUCAGAAUGUGGGAAAUGUUUUAAACAAAAAUCUAAUCUUGUUACACAUGAGAGAAUUCACACAGGAGAGAAACCCUAUUCAUGUUCAGAAUGUGGGAAAAGUUUUACAGAUAAGUCAAAUCUAGUUAGACAUGAGAGAAUUCACACAGGAGAGAAGCCAUAUUCAUGUUCAGAAUGUGGGAAGUGCUUUUCAGUGAAAUCAAAUCUUGUUAAACAUGAGAGAAUUCACACGGGAGAAAAACCAUAUUCAUGUUCAGAAUGUGGGAAAUGUUUUGCACAAAAAUCAGAUCUUGUUAAACAUGAGAGAGUUCACACAGGUGAGAAGCCGUAUUCAUGUUCAGAAUGUGGGAAGUGCUUUACAGAGAAAUCAAAUCUUGUUACACAUGAGAGAAUUCACAAAGGAGAAAAGCCGUAUUCAUGUCCAGAAUGUGGGAAGUGCUUUAUAGAGAAAUCAAAUCUUCAUAGACAUGAGAGAAGUCACACAUGUGAGAAACCAUAUUCAUGUUCAGAAUGUGGGAAAUGCUUUAUAGCUAAACCAAGUCUUAUUAUUCAUGAUAGAAUUCACACAGGAGAGAAGCCAUAUUCAUGUUCAGAAUGUGGGAAGUGCUUUACAGUGAAAUCAAAUCUUCGUAAACAUGAGAGAAGUCACACUAAGUUAGAUUAAAAUGGGUGGAGUAGAGGUGGACUUUUUAAAGGCACAGUAACAGGUCUUGGAGAGCCAGAAUUCUUGCUGUUUCUCAGGGGUUCAAAUACUUAUGU